AUGGCAGCUGACGCCGAAAUGAAAUUCGCCUUCGCCGCACUCAUCCUCGCCGACGCGGGGCUAGAGAUCACAGCGGAGAAGCUACUUACACUCGUGCGCGCGGCUGGCAUGGUGGGACAAGAUCCGACAUGGGCGAUGCUAUUUGCGAGGGCGCUGGAUGGAAAGACAGGACGGGAUGCGAAACAAGGUUUACUGAAAUCAAAGAAUAAGGCUACCAGAACAUGGAGCAUCUCGCCUUAUCACCGACACCCGGAAAUCCUGCCUGACUUUAGAGCGCCGAAUACAUUCUUUCGGCGUUGGUCAUCAUCGAAGCGAGUGCAAGGUCCAGCAUUAUCAGAGAGGUUCCAAAAAGUUCGCCGGUCCACCAAUAUGUGGACUAUCCAUGACGAAUACGCCCGAAUCAACAUCCUCACUUUCCGCUGCGCCGCCGUCAAGCUGAACCGGCUACCACCAGAGAUCCGACUUCAGAUCUUUCGCGAGGUUUUUCCACGUCCCAGCAGCAUGAUCAAAUAUACUGAAACCUCUGGCUCAACUGUGGUCACGGUACUCCACGGAAGCCGAGAAUCGAGAGUUUUUCAGCGGCUGCGGAACCGCAUGAGCUUCGACCCCGACGAACCAGUUUACGUCACAGCUAACCUCCAAUCCCGGUCUCUGAACAAGUACAAGUACUGGCUAGACCCGCAAGCCGUCGGCCGUCUGGCGUUCGAAGCUGCGGAGGUCAUCGCACACGCGGUGUUCAUCUUGCCCACCGAUACCGACGCGUUGGCGUGGCUGGGGAAUGAAGCGAGCUCUAUGAACGUGAAGCACUUGGUACUGGGCCAUGGUGAGCCAGAAUCCCUGGUCGACUUGCAAGGGGUUCUUGGCCGUGGGCUUGCCCGUCUGAGAAACCUGGAGCGGGUGGACUUGCUCUUGAAUAAGAGUAACUGGAUGCGUUACCCGCCAGAUGUCUUCGGCUAUGGUGUUCUGCGGGAGAUGUUUGAACUGGUCAAGGACCUUGUGAGCAGAGGGUUGGAGGUCAACUAUGUCCCGUUCGUAGACAACGAGAGCUGUGAGUUAAAGCGGGAGUACCGCUCACGAGCAGAGGAUUAUGUAUGCCAUGAAAGGGAUGCAUGUAGCACCCAGGAGAGUUUGUGGUGGUAUGGCCAAUACGUCUAGCGGCUGCCUCAGGCGUAGACAAGCCGACACUGGAGUGCCGUUUCAAACCGCAAGGAUCUGGAAAACUGGGGCGUGGGAUGGACAUCAAAGCAGCGAGGGAGUGGUGGACCAGAGAGAGGAUGAAGAGGAGAGGAAAGAGGGAGGUUGAGUGGAGAUGCAUUGGAUCACUCGACGGUGUUGGGGCGCGGUGAUGAUUCGAUGAUGGGAUUCCGAUUCAUCGCGAAAGAGGAGUGGAGGUAUGUUUUACUCAAAAGCGAGAUCUGAAGACCAGAAAUGGAGAAGAUGAAAAUGUAUUUAUUGGACUUGAAAGGUAAGUAAGGCAAUGAAUGGAAAACUUGAUCGUGUAGAAUAUCUCCACCCCCAGUAUGUCCUUCAACUCACCCGCUGCAACGCUCGUUUGAAUAGAC